AGUGAAAUUUAACGCAGUGCUGCAGUUCUCAAUAUCUUUUUUGGUGUAUUUGUUGUAAAACACAGAGAAAUGGACGAUAGUAAAACAGAGGUGAGAUUACGUUGUCUAUUUAGGGAACAAUUGUAUCAAUCAGCAGCUGAGGCAACACACGAAGCUAGAACACCAAUUGACGGCCUCGAUAAAUUUUACCGGGCGCUUGCAAUGCUAUUCACAAAUAAGAUUGAUGAUGCCCUCAGCCUGUUAACUCCUUUAAAUGCAGACCCUCUUCUUAACUUAAGUGCCAUCCUAGCAUCUAUCCAUAUUUAUAAACAUUUCAAAAACAUUGAUACUGGUGAAACAAUUGCCCAGCUAGAAGCAACACUUAGAGCUGAAAGAAAGAAAGCCAAUGAAAAAUCUCUUUAUUAUGCCGCACUUUUCCUUCAUUUGAACAAUCGUCAGGAAAAGGCAAGAGAAUAUGUUGAAAGAGCAUUGAGUCAUAAUUCAGGCUCAAAUAGUAUAGACUGUGUCAUCCUCAAGGGCUGGAUUGAAUUAAUGUCAAUCAGAGACAAGCCUAGAAAGAAAAGCCCUCUGGAAUAUUUUGAAUCUGCCAUUUCAAUUGACAGCUUUGCUAUUGAAGCACAUCAAGGCAAAAUUAGAUGUCUUAUUCAAUCUGAUAAUGUUUCAGAAAUUUUUCCCAGUUUAAACCAGAUGAUUUCUAAUUUUCCAAACAAUCAAGAAUUUUUAGUCGAAAAGUUACGCGCUCACCUCGCUGCUAAAGAUUGGGAUGCCGUCAGUGAUUCGACGAAGAAAAUUAAUAACAUCUCUAAUCCUCUCAUUAUAAAAAUACUCGAGAUACAAAUAUUAGCGACAAUUUGUCACGAUGGUAGUUUCGUGGACGCUACACCCCUUCUGAAGAAACUGUUUUCAGCACUCGAAAAGUAUGAAUUGACCAAUGGAGAGCUCUUUGUUAAUGCAGCCAGACUCUUCUCCAGAGUUUGUGGUAGGCAUAUACCUAUUCUCAAUGAAUGUCAAGUAUUCGUUGAGAAAGCCAUCAAACUGGACGAAAAGAAUACCAGUUUCCUUUUCGAAUUGGCCCAGCAACAGGUGUUACAGAGUCGAUUUAAAGAAGCCUUGGCGACUCUGAAAAAGAUUAGCCAAAUAGGAGAAACAUCAGUCGAUGUCAUGUUAGUGAAAAUACAUUGUCUUUUGCACGACGACCAGUUUGAAGCCGCUCAACAGCAGUUGAACAUAAUGGAAGAAUUACAUUAUAAUACAUCAACUCGCCCCACCUUCUUGUUGGCGCAAGCCAUGCUGCUACGACAAACAGAUCCCACAAAAGCCCUUCAGCUUCUGAAACUUGCUUAUCAACUUCAGAUAAAAAACGCUAGUGGAAUUUCAUAUGGAGUUGAGUACUUAAGCAAUUUCAACCCAGAUUUUUUACUAUCAGUUGCUGAAGAAUACUUUGAACAUCAUAACCCUGAAAAUUCGCCACAGACCUUACUUGAAUUGUCUAGCCUUUUGGCUAGCGUAGUCCAGGCGUGCCCUGGGUUACUGCCUGCAUUGUAUAGAUUGGCUAACGCAAAUUUCAUCGCUGGUGAUUACCGAGCAGCAAGCGCCACUUUACACCACAUUAUUGAUCAUGUCGAUCCCACUUACAUUGAAGCAUAUUUGCUUAUGGCUGAAAUCGGCAUCAAUCAAAAUAACCUUGCCCAGGCAGCGCAGUACCUUGAAAUGGGGCUGAGCUAUAACUUUCAAGUGCGUGAACACCCAAGGUAUCACCUUCUUUUAGCCAAAAUUCAGCGCCAGAGGAAGGAUACCGAUGCAUGUCUUUCAAGCAUCCGAAUGGCCAUGAUUUUGAGUGGAAUGAGACCGUCCAGUGCAGGAAUAAAACGUUCUAAGUAUCCCUUCACCUUAGGUGAAAAGGCGGUCACCUAUUUAGAACUCUUCCACGUGUUGAUGACUUCUGAUCAGAAAGAAGACGCCGGGCAAAUAAUUCAGGAAGCUUUACAUGAACUACGAGGGACCCCACAAGAAGGAGUUAUCCUCUUAGCUGAGGUUGAUCACUUACUUAAUGAGGAUGAUGUGGAUGGUGCUAUUAUGAAACUCAAAGCUUUGCCAGAUUCCCAUCCGCAGCAUUUACAGGCUCGUGAAAAGAUGGCUGAUAUCUAUUUGCAUCGCCUACAAGAUGAGGCACUGUAUCUCCAAUGUUACCGUGAUAUCGUUCGUCAGCUCCCCAACGUUCACAACCUAACUCUGCUAGGUGAUGCUCAUUUGGCAUUGCAUCAAGUAGACCAGGCAGUAUCAGCCUAUGAAGAUGCAUUAAAGCUUGAGCCGCGCAACUUUGAACUCGCUUCGAAAAUAGGGGCGGCUUUGAUUCUGACCCAUCAGUAUACCAAAGCACUGAAUUACUACAAAGACGCAUUACGCAAUGAUGAUUCAUCUCCUCAUCCAGCAUUGCGCAUCGAAUAUGCUACACUUCUGUAUCGCCUUGGACAGCUGGACAAAGCAGAAAAGAUUAUUAGUGACGCGCUGCUUCCUAACAUUCAACAAGCCAGAGGAGAUGCAGACAGGCUGAUGCAAGAAGUUAAACUUUUGCAACUACUUGCCAAAAUACAUGAAAAAGGUGGGAACCAAGAAGAAACCAUUUCUUCACUACGGAAAUGCCAGAGCAUCAUAGGAUCAUUAGUGAAAAAGGUUGAUCAGUCGGAAAACAUUCACGAGCAAAGGAAGAUUGCAGCAAACAUUGCUAUUCAAAUGGCUGGCCAUGCCUUGUCGGUUGAACGUGAUAUCGAUGCAGCCAUACGGCUUUACCGCGAGGCUCUGUCUCAUGCGCCGGAUGAUAUCCAUUGCAUGGCUCAAUUGGCUAAAGUUUAUUUGCAAGCAAACGACGUGGAACACUGCCAAUACAUGUGCAAGUCAUUGCUUAAAAUUGAUCGUGAAAAUGAUCAAGCCAUGAUGAUGGUGGCUCAGAUCGCCCUUCGAAAAAACGACUUGGAAACGGCAACACUACAUUUCCGGCAAGCAUUAGAGCGCCAGCCCUGCCAUUACGAAAUGUUGGGGCAGUUUAUCGACGUUUGCCGACGACGUGGGAAUAUCUCAGAUGCGAACGUAGCUCUCCGGUCUGCUGAAAUCAAUUCUGCCCAUGGCCAAAACGAACCAGGACUUAGCUAUUGUAGAGGAUUAUACGAAUUCUACUCUGGCCAAUAUAAUGUAGCGUUGUUAGCCCUCAACCGAGCGCGAGGACAUGCUGUUUGGGGCCAGUAUGCCAUUCGUGUCAUGCUAGAUAUAUGCCUAAAUAGCGACAGCGAAACUCUGGAAAACGUAACUGAUCUGGAUGCUGAAUACGAAGUCCAAGACACGGAAUUAAUGGCACUGCACACAGCGGCAAAACUACUACAAGAGUUAUCAAUUGUCGAAGGUGAUGAAAUGCAAACCCACAUAUUGUACCCUAAUCUAUAUUUGCUAGCGACGCGUCAGAAAACGAACGUGGAGCGAGCGUUGUCGGAUUUGACUGCAUUUGCAAACAAAAGCAAUCAACAGGAUAAUCCUGGUAUAGUUUUUGGUAUUGCAACUGCACACUUACUACUAAAACAGACGCAGCGAGCUAGAAAUCAACUCAAGCGUCUCAUCAAAGCGCCAUGGACUCUAGAGGAAGGUGAGUAUUUGGAACGCUGCUGGCUUUUGUUAAGUGACAUAUACAUUCAAGCCGGUCAAAACAAAAUGGAAGUUGCUAAUGAACUUCUACGACGUGUCCUCACCUACAAUCGGUCAUGUGCAAAAGCUUACGAAUACCUUGGCUAUAUAAUGGAAAAAGAACAAUCAUUUCGCGAAGCAGCUGAGCAUUUUGAAAAUGCAUGGAAAUUGACGAAUCAGAACAAUGCUCUAGUUGGUUAUAAACUAGCCUUGAGCUACCUAAAAGCAAAGCAAUAUCCUGACGCCAUCGACAUCAGCCAAUCUCUGCUGAUUAAAUAUCCAAAUCAUCCUCGCGUUCGCAAGGAUGUACUAGAAAAAGCUAUAUCCAAUUUAAGAUCUUAAUUUUAUUUAUACCAUCUCUUUUCAAAUGCUGUGAAUAACCGAUCCGUCCUACGUAAUAGUUCUCGCAUGUAUUUGUUCCACGCGCAAAUUAUCCCUAUAAUUAUUUAUGUAAAUCAUUGCUAAUUUGUGCCAACUAUAGCGUACAGAUAUAUACACAGAUUAGCAGAUGGA